UGGGGCCAUGAUUUUCGCCCAGACUACAAGAAGUUGCACGAACUACGUCAGAAGUUCCCCAAAAUACCGAUGAUGGCUCUAACAGCCACCGCCACCCCCCGUGUCCAAAAAGACAUUCUCAACCAGCUAAACAUGAGUCGACCUCAAGUAUUUACCAUGAGCUUCAACAGAACAAACCUCAAGUACUCCGUGUUGCCCAAGAAACCCAAAAAAGUUGAUGAGGACUGCAUCAGCUGGAUCAAGAAGCACUACCCACGUGACUCUGGCAUUAUCUACUGCCUGUCCCGUAAUGACUGCGAUGCCCUGGCAGACAGCUUGAAGAGAGCAGGAAUACAUGCUCUGUCAUAUCAUGCUGGCCUCAGUGAUGGCGACAGAGAAUAUGUGCAGAGCAAAUGGAUCAAUCAGGAUGGCUGCCAGGUGAUCUGUGCCACCAUAGCCUUCGGCAUGGGAAUAGAUAAGCCUGAUGUGCGCUACGUGAUCCACGCCAGUCUGCCUAAGUCAAUGGAGGGUUACUAUCAGGAGUCAGGAAGAGCCGGCAGAGAUGGAGAGAUCUCACACUGCAUUCUGUUUUAUUCCUACACUGACGUCCACCGCAUCAAAAGGAUCAUCAGCAUGGACAGAGAAGGUGACAGACAUGCAAAGGCAACUCAUUUCAGCAAUCUACACAGCAUGGUGCACUUCUGUGAAAACGUGAUGGAGUGCAGAAGAAUCCAGCUGCUCGCCUACUUUGGAGAGCUGAAGUUCAACAGAAACUUCUGUAAAGAACAUCCGGAUGUCAGCUGUGAUAACUGUGCCAAACCAAAUCAAUACAAACAGAGGACGGUGACCGAUGAUGUGAAGAAGAUUGUGAGGUUUGUCCAGGAGAACUGUGAGAAAGUCGGAGCAAGGUUUGGCAAGACUCCUCAGCAGAGCCGACUGACCCUGAACAUGCUAGUGGACAUUUUUAUAGGGGCUAAAUCUGCCAAGAUACAAACAGGAAUGUUUGGGAUGGGAGCUGCUUACUCCCGCCAUAAUGCAGACCGUCUUUUUAAGAAGCUAGUUCUUGAUAAUGUCCUGGUUGAGGAUCUCUACAUUACCAACAAUGGCCAAGCUGUGGCUUACAUCUCUGCAGGUCCAAAAGCCAUGAACAUACUUUCUGGGCAAAUGGAGGUAACUAAUCGCUCAUCAGGUUUAUACAACGGAUAUUCUUAGAAAGAUUCAUCAUCA